AUGCAUACCGUUCCAACAUAUUUAAGUAAUUUAUUUGCAACUAAAUUUAGAUCAGAUAUACGAAAAGAUGAACAUUUGUAUCAUGAUCCUUUUAAUGAUGAAUUAAUACGUUUACAAUUAGAUACAUCCCAUGUCACAAAAACCGGAUCAGCUUUAGCGGUAAACCGCGGUUUACCGCGGUUCACCAUUAAAAAAACCGGUGAACCGAUAAGGAGCCGUUAUCCAAAAUAUUGUGUUGUACCAUCUACUAUAACUAAUGGAGAAAUUAGAGAAGCUGCCAAAUUUCGAUCAUAUAAACAAUUUCCAACAAUUGUUUGGAGACAUAUUAAUGGUGCAAUUAUUGCUGGAGCAGGUCAACCCGAAGUCAGCUGGUCACCUAGGCGUUCAAAAGAAGAUGAAAACAUGAUUCAAGCUAUUAUUAAUUCAUGUAAUGAUAAAGUAACAACAAAUUCUAUUGAAAGUGAAAAAAAUUCAAAUCGUAUAUUUAUUGUUCAUGCAGGAAGUGAUGAUCCUGCUAUUAAAAACUAUGCUAAACAUUAUAGAGAUUGUGAUCUUGAAUUUAAGAAUUUACCUGGUAUUAAUGUUGUAAGUAGAAAUGGACGAAUGUUAUGUGCUAUUAAUUCAACAAAAUGUGAAAAUUGGUUUUCAAAAUUAAUAUCAACACAUUGGUUGCAAAAUUUGUCAGCAUUAAUUGAAGCAGCAUGUUGUGUUGUUACUAAUAUUGAUGAAGAUAAUCGAUCAGUACUUGUUCAUGGUUCAAAUAGUGAAUAUCAAACAUCACAAAUAAUCACGUUAGCUAAAAUAAUGCUUGAUCCAUAUUAUUGA